AUGGAGCUCUUCCCAGAUUCGACCUAUCAGAUCGCCAUCUGGACUAUCGUCGAAACUGGCCUCGGAAUCACCGCAGGUAGUCUCAUUACCCUUGCCCUCUUUUCCGCUGGCUUCUGGAUGGAAGCUUUUCAUUCGGUCAGAAUGGACGUACCUCUGGAAGAAGCUCUGGACAGUAUCAACUCUCCAGCUUCAAAAGCGGAGGAGCGAAAAACUCACAAAACCCGAGCUUAUGGCGCCCUGACACAAAAUCCAACAGUAGAACAGUGGACAUCAUCAGAAAUUUCGAACGAUGCUAGUAGCAGUCAAGAAGCUUUGAACCCUCCAAGCUCAGCGAGCCCGCGAAACUGGGUGACUGUUCGACAUAGCUUUGUACAAACAGUGUCAGAGGAGCGAGGAUAG